AUGCUGAUCCAGUCAGUACUGGAGAAUUUAUCCGUUUCAACAGGUAUAUGGGGACUUGGUCUCUUGUUAAGCGGACUAACCAUCAUAUACAUCUUCUAUAACCGAUUCCUCAGUCCCCUCCGCCACAUUCCCGGCCCAUUCCUCGCUUCAAUAACACCAUGGGUUCAGCUCUACCACGGCUACAAAGGAGACAGACAUCUCUGGCUGCACAACCUACAUAAACAAUAUGGGCCACAUGUCCGCGUCGCGCCGAAUUUUGUCUCCAUAAAUUCCGUGCAGGGUCUAUACGACAUCUACGGACACGGAAAGCGACUCAAGAAGGCGGAUUUCUAUAAUGCGUUUCCGGCCAUCAAGGGCGUAUAUAACACGCACAAUGCUAUUGACAAGGUAGUUCAUGGACGGAAGAGGCGGGUGCUGAGCCAGGCGUUUUCGGACCAUGCGCUUAAAGGUAUGGAGGAUGUGAUGCUGUUGCAUGUACGGCAAUUGUGUGCUGUCUUGUCUGGGGAGUUUUCGGACGGUAAAAAGGAUGGGGGGAAAGGUGUUGUUUGCAAUAUGGGGGAUUUGUUCUCGUAUCUUACGUACGAUGUUAUGGGCGAGUUGUGUUUUGGAAAGAGUUUCGACAUGUUAAUCUCCAAAACACGGAGACAAAUGGUCGAACUGGUAGACAAGGCUGCUCAUCGGCAUUAUGUGUGUGGAUUAUGGAUGCCCCUUGACCGCUGGCACUUGGACCAAAUCUUCAUUCGCAGACUGACCCAAGACCGAUGGAACUUCAUCAUGAAGUCCCGAGUUGAAGCCAACGAGCGCGCAAAAGAACGUGCUAAGCUUGGCCGUGAGUCCAAGAAAGACUUCUUCUACUAUCUCCUCAACGCCAAAGACCCCGAAACCGGCAAGGGUCUCACGACUCCAGAGCUCUGGGGCGAAGCCAACGUCCUUAUGAUUGCUGGUAGUGAUACGACCGCGACAACUCUGGCAGGCACGAUCUUUUAUCUCGUUCGCAACCCGCAUGCCAUGGCGCGACUGAAGCAGGAAGUACGCGAGAGCUUCGACUCGGUUGAGGAGAUUAUCAGCGGCCCUCGACUAAAUGAACUGGUCUAUCUGAAGGCAUGUAUGGAUGAAGCAAUGCGCCUAAGCCCAGCCGCCCCUGGAGCUCUUCCGCGCGAAGUUAUGGACGGCGGUGUUGUCGUGGAUGGUAUUUUCCUCCCCGAGGGCACAAAUUGCGGCACUCCCAUCUACUCUAUCCACCGCCAGGCGCAGUACUACCGUGAGCCCGAGUCAUAUGUACCCGAGCGUUGGAUCGAAGGCGAAACAUGUCAAACGGGCACGGCGUCAUGGAAAACCAGUAAAGAACAAGUUGAACUGAGCCGACGCGCUCUGUGUCCAUUUAGUAUUGGACCUCGCGGGUGUAUCGCAAAAAGCAUGGCUUUUAUGGAAAUGCGACUGACUAUUGCGCGGAUGGUGUUUUCAUUUGAUAUGGAGUUGGCAGAUCGGUUUGGUGAAGAUGAGGGAGGGCAUUUAGCUCUGGUGGAUCAUUUUACGAGCUCGAAGGAGGGACCUAAUGUGAGGGUUUGGAGACGGUAG